CCUCUCCUUCCUUUCUCUCUCAACCCUUCAUUUUCCUUCCACUCCCCCCAUCGGAAGGUCCUUUCUCAUUCCCGGUGUACUGUAGUCGCGUAUUAUUCCCCCACAGUCACCAUGGUUCUCGCAAAGUCCAAAAAUUCCGUGGGGCUGGGUAACAGCCUCAUGAACGAUCGCUUCGGGAAAGGAAAGGCGUCGAACAUGAAGAAAGCCUCUCACAAUCAGGCCGUCGUACGGAAGGAUAUGAAUGGAGAGACCUAUGUCACCAAUGCAAAGGAAGAAGCCUCCUGGGUGAAGAUGCGCAGUAUCACCGAACAAGCCGCACUGGAUGAGUUCCUGAGUACUGCUGAACUGGCGGGCACCGAUUUCACUGCCGAGAAGAUGAACAACGUGAAGAUCAUCCAUGCCGAUCAGAAGAACCCUUACCUUCUUUCCGCAUCAGAGGAGAGGUCAGCUGUUAAGAAACAUCAGAAGAAUAAAGGGCGACUGACCGUUCCGAGACGGCCGAAGUGGGAUCAGUCGACAACGCGGCAACAGCUGGAGCUGAUGGAGAGAGAGAGUUUCUUAAAUUGGCGCAGAGGACUGGCUGAACUUCAGGAGAAUCAUGAUAUUUUGAUGACGCCGUUUGAACGGAACUUGGAAGUUUGGAGACAGCUUUGGCGUGUCAUUGAACGGUCGGAUCUAGUCGUGCAGAUUGUCGACGCUCGAAACCCGUUACAUUUCCGGUCGGAGGAUCUGGAGGCAUAUGUGAAGGAGAUUAACCCCAAGAAGAGGAAUCUUCUACUCGUCAACAAGGCAGAUAUGUUGACUGAGAAGCAACGAGAGGCCUGGGCGGACUAUUUCGAGCGCAACAACAUCAAUUUCCGGUUCUUCUCAGCUCACCUAGCGAAGGAGAAAAUUGAGGCUCAACUUUUGGAACAAUCAAGUGAGAGUGAAGAUGAAGAGGUUGCGGAGAAACUGGCCGAAACGACUAUUGAGGAACAGUCAACUCAAUCGACCGAAAGCCCGCAAGAGGAGCAUGACGGUGGAUUGGAACUUCCUGGCUCGAGCAAACCUCGGAGAACCGAAAUUCUUGACGUCGAAGAAUUAGAAGAGCUCUUCCUUUCCAACAGCCCCGACACCCUCCCUGAAAAUGACGACCCAGAGCACCCAAGAAAGCAGAAGACCGUCAUUGGUCUUGUCGGUUACCCUAACGUCGGUAAAUCCAGCACAAUCAACGCCCUCCUCGGAGCCAAGAAGGUUUCGGUGUCCGCCACACCCGGUAAGACGAAGCAUUUCCAGACCCUAUAUCUCUCGCCAGAGAUCAUGCUCUGCGAUUGUCCCGGUCUUGUGUUCCCCAACUUCGCGACGACCAAGGCAGACCUGGUUGUCAACGGUGUGCUUCCCAUCGACCAGCAGCGGGAAUUCACCGGCCCAGCAACUAUCAUUGCUCAGCGUGUUCCACAACAUUUCCUCGAGAACGUCUACGGAGUCAAGAUCUUGACUCGUCCCAUCGAAGAAGGUGGCACGGGUACCCCUACCGGCAGCGAGCUUCUCCGAGCCUAUGCCCGCGCCCGUGGUUUCUCUACCCAAGGUUUGGGCCAGCCCGACGAGUCCCGCGCAGCCCGUUACAUCCUGAAGGACUACGUCAACGGUAAAAUCAUCUUCUGCCACCCACCCCCAGUCCCAGAGGGCGAAGCUCCCAUCGACCCACAUGAGUUCAACGCCGAACUCUACGACGUGGCACAUCUCCCCGCUAGACGCCAAGAACAGAUCGCCAAAGCGAUGCUGGCCGAACAAAUGACCGAGGAGGGCAUCGACGCCGAUAUCCUUUCCCUAUCCGGUCCUAAGAAACCGGUGGGAGGCGUCCGCUCCCGCAACCUCGACACGGGCUUCUUCGGCGACGGGUCGAAAGGCUCCGCCGGCCGUCUCACCCUUCCCUUCAACUCCCAGUACACCAACCAAGGCCAGGAAAUGCGCAAGCAGCUGACCGGUCGUAGGGAGCGACUGAUGGUUGCCCUAGAACGCGGUAUCGACGUGUCCGAAGUGCGCGGCGGCAGCUCGAAGAAGCAUUUCAAGGGCAACAAGAAGCAGGCGAAGAAGAAGCGCGUGGCGGCUGAGGACGAUGAUUAUUGAUUCAUUUCUAUCUGACUCGCGGGCGAGUGGGUUAAUGUUGCCUGUGGUUGAUGAAUGAGUACUUGCAUUUACCCCCUUUUUCUGUGUUUUCUGUUCGUUGCAUUUAAGAAAAGUUAUCAUGAUCUCGGUUUGACCUUUUUUGUUUCUUCGCCCUUUAUGAUGACAUUCCGUAUAUAUGUAGGGUUGGUGUUGAUGUUCAUGAAUCAUGACCGUUUAAAUCAAAUCAAAUUCUUACCA